CCCGGCCCCGGCGUGACGAACAGCGGCGGGAAAACGGGGUUUGAUUCCAUGAGGACCCCGCCAUGGCGGUGCUGCACUACUUCCAGCGCCCCGGGGCGGAGGGUGUCCCUGUCUCCCUGCUGCGCUCGGCCCAGGCGGUGCUGGGGGGCGUCCGCGCCCUGCACAGGGAGCUGUGCUACAACGUCAGCUGGACAGGUGCGUCGCCCCCCAAUCCCCAGGAGACCCAGCUGCUGCACUGGCUCUUCGGCUGCCCCUUUGAAUCCGGAGACGUUGCCACGGAGUCCUUCCUGUGCCCAGGGCCCACCGACCUGCUGGUGGAGAUCGGGCCACGGCUGAACUUCUCCACGGCGUUCUCCACCAACGUGGUGUCCGUGUGCCGGGCCGCGGGGCUGGGCUGUGUUGACCGUGUCGAGUGCUCCCGCCGCUACCUGCUGCAGUGUGCCCGACACCCCACACCCCCUGAGGAGGCCACCCUGGUGGCGGUGCUCAGUGACCGGAUGACGGAGCAGCGCUAUGAGGAGCCAAUCCGCAGCUUCGCCGUGGCUACCCGCCCUGCCCCCACCUGGCAUGUGGAUGUGCUGGGGGGGGGCCGCACCGAGCUGGAGCGAGCCAACCAGGAGCUGGGCCUGGCCUUCGACUCCUGGGACCUGGAUUUCUACACUGAGCUCUUCAAGAAAUUCGGGCGCAACCCGACCAGCGUGGAGUGCUUCGACCUGGCCCAGUCCAACAGCGAGCACAGCCGACACUGGUUCUUCAAAGGGCGCCUCCUGGUGGACGGGAAGGAGGUCUCGGAGUCGCUGUUCGAGUCCAUCAUGUGGACCCAGGAGAAGAGCAACCCCAACAAUGUCAUCAAGUUCUCGGACAACAGCAGUGCCAUCCAGGGCAGGACCGUGUGUUCCCUGUGGCCCCGCGACCCGUCCCGCCCCAGCCGCUUCGAGAAGAGAAAGUCGACCCGGCAUGUCAUCUUCACUGCAGAGACCCACAACUUCCCCACGGGGGUGGCCCCAUUCAGCGGCGCCGCAACGGGAACAGGCGGGCGGAUCCGGGACGUGCAGUGCACGGGGCGUGGGGCCCACGUCAUCGCCGGCACGGCGGGGUACAGCUUCGGAAACCUGCACAUCCCUGGCUACCCUCUGCCCUGGGAGGACCCGGCAUUGCCCUACCCCAAGAACUACGCCCAGCCCCUGCAGGUGGCCCUCAGGGCCAGCGAUGGCGCCUCUGACUACGGCAAUAAGUUUGGGGAACCUGUCCUGGCUGGGUUCGCCCGUUCCUUCGGCCAGCGGCUCCCCAACGGGCAGCGGCGCGAAUGGAUCAAGCCCAUCAUGUUCAGCGGGGGGAUCGGCGCCAUGGAGGACAUUCACGUGCACAAGGAGCCCCCCAAGCCUGGGAUGCAGGUGGUGAAAGUGGGGGGCCCUGUGUACCGGAUCGGAGUUGGGGGGAGUUCAGCCUCCUCCAUCCAGGUGCAGGGUGACAACGCCAGCGACCUGGAUUUCGGGGCGGUGCAGCGGGGGGACCCUGAGAUGGAGCAGAAGAUGAACCGGGUGCUGCGGGGCUGCGUGGAGACAGGGAAGGCCAACCCCAUCUGCAGCCUCCACGACCAGGGGGCUGGGGGCAAUGGGAACGUGCUGAAGGAGCUGAGUGACCCAGCCGGGGCUGUGAUCUACGCCAGCCGUUUCCAGCUGGGUGACCCCACGCUGAGCGUGCUGGAGAUCUGGGGGGCCGAGUACCAGGAGUCCAACGCCCUCCUGCUGCGCCCCACCGAUGCCGCGCUGCUGCAACGCCUGGGCCAGCGCGAACGCUGCCCCGUGAACGUCGUGGGCACCAUCGCCGGGGACGGACGGAUUGUGCUGGUGGACGACCUGGAGGCCCCAGUGACGGACGUGGGAGUGAAGCCCAGUGGGAAGAAGAUGCCGGUCGACCUGCAGCUGGAGUGGGUGCUGGGCAAGAUGCCACAAAAGGAAUUUGUCUUGUCCCACAGCAGCCCAGCCCUCCACCGCCUGUGCCUGCCCCCUGGGCUGAGGGUGAGGGAUGCCCUGGAGCGGGUCCUGCGGCUGCCGGCCGUGGCCAGCAAACGCUACCUGACCAACAAGGUGGACCGGUCGGUGACGGGGCUGGUGGCCCAGCAGCAGUGCGUGGGUCCCCUGCACACCCCCUUGGCCGACGUUGCCGUGGUGGCUCUGUCCCCCUUUGAGACGGUGGGGGCAGCCACGGCCCUCGGGGAGCAGCCAAUCAAGGGACUGAUCGACCCGGGCGCGGGGGCCCGGCUGGCCGUGGGUGAGGCGCUCACCAACCUGGUCUUUGCCCGCGUCACCGACCUGCGGGACGUGAAGUGCAGCGGGAACUGGAUGUGGGCGGCCAAGCAGGCGGGCGAGGGCGCGGCGCUGGUGGACGCCUGUAGGGCCAUGUGCGCCGUCAUGGCCCAGCUGGGGGUGGCCGUGGACGGGGGCAAGGACUCGCUCAGCAUGGCGGCCCGCGUGGGCACGGACAUCGUCAUGGCGCCCGGGACCUUGGUCGUCUCCGCCUACGCCGUGUGUCCGGACAUCACGGCCACCGUCACACCUGACCUCAAGUGUCCCGAUGGCAAAGGGGCCCUACUGUACGUGGAGCUGUGCCCCGAGCAGCACCGGCUGGGGGGCAGUGCCCUGGCACAGUGCUACGCCCAGCUGGGGGAUCGCUGCCCAGACCUGGAGAACCCGGACAGCCUGGCAGCCUGCUUCCGCGUCACCCAGCAAUUGCUGCAAGAGUCGGUGGUGAGCGCAGGGCAUGACGUGAGUGACGGGGGGCUGGUGACCUGCCUGCUGGAGAUGGCCUUCGCCGGGAACUGUGGGCUGCAGGCCGAGCUGGUGGCACCGGGGGCCAGCGCCCUGGAGGUGCUGUUUGCCGAGGAGCUGGGCCUGGUGCUGGAGGUGCCCAGCGCUGUGGCAGGAGACGUCUGCAGACGGUACGAGGAGGCUGGAGUGCGAUGCCUGCCCAUCGGGCACACGGGACCCCUGGGCCCCCAGUCCAUGGUGCGGCUGCGGGUGAACGGGCAGGAGGAGCUGGUGUGGCCCGUGGGGGACCUGCGCGCCCUCUGGGAGGCCACGAGUAUCCAGCUGGAGCGGCUGCAAGCGUCACCCCACUGCGUGGAGCAGGAGGAGAGGGGGCUGGCACAGCGCCAGGGCCCCAGCUUCACCCUGACCUUCGACCCCAAGAUUGCGCCCCCGCUGCUGUGCCAGAUGGCCCAGCCGGGCCCGCGCGUGGCCAUCCUGCGCGAGGAGGGCAGCAACGGGGACCGCGAGAUGGUGGCAGCCUUCAUCAUGGCGGGGUUCCAGGCCUGGGACGUGACCAUGCAGGACCUGUACGUAGGGGAGGUGACUCUGGAGUCGUUCCGGGGCCUGGUCUUCGUGGGGGGCUUCAGCUACGCGGACGUCCUAGGGUCUGCCAAAGGCUGGGCAGCUUCGGUGACCUUCAACCCCCGGGCGCGAGCCCAGUUUGAGGCCUUUCACCGGCGCAGGGACACGUUCAGCCUGGGUGUCUGCAACGGCUGCCAGCUGAUGGCGCUGCUGGGCUGGGUGGGGGGCGAGAGCCCCACGAGCGAUCCCCCGGGUGGGGCCGUCCGUCCCGGGGUGCUGCUGGCCCCCAACGAUUCGGGCCGGUUCGAGUCGCGUUUCGUGGCGCUGGCCGUCGAGCAGAGCCCAGCGGUGAUGCUGCGGGGCAUGGCUGGCUCCACCCUGGGAAUCUGGGUGGCUCACGGAGAAGGUCGGAUGCGGUUCCGCUCACCCGAGGUGCUGGCUGCAGUGACAUCGGGGGGCUUGGCCCCGCUGCGCUACGUGGAUGACCAGGGCCAGCCCACCCAGGAGUACCCCCUGAACCCCAACGGCUCCCCGCUGGGCAUCGCCGGGCUCUGCUCGCCCGACGGGCGCCAUUUGGCCAUGAUGCCCCACCCUGAGCGCUGCGUCCUGCCCUGGCAGUGGGCCUGGAUGCCUCCCGACUGGCGCCGCACCAUGAAGGUCUCGCCCUGGCUGCGCAUGUUCCAGAACGCCUGCGAGUGGUGCCUGGAGCACCCCGAGGGGGAGUCCUGACUGCGGAGCCCCUCGCCAGCCGGUCUCGUAUCCCAAGAGCAGAAAGCUCCCAUGGAAUUUAAUUCCCGGCUCGGACAAGAGACACAGAGAUGCUGCUGCUCGUCAAUUUGUGCAAAGGAAAAACUCUUUUUUCAACUGGACCUUGGCUCCUAGGAAGGGAGAGUGGAAAAGCUCAGAGCUGAGGCUGGGUCUCCUCAGUGGUGGGACUGGCCAGCUGGAGACAUCCCUGGGUUGAGAUCACAGGCAUCAGAAACUCCUCUGCCAAUGACAGCUGAUGCAUUGAGAACUGCCCAAAGCCAAGCAGAGUUGGACCUUACAAAAGAAAUUUAAAUCAGGUAAAAGGUUCUGUUGCCAUAUAAAUAAAACCAGGAAGGAGGAAGUGGGACUGCUAAACGCUCGCAGUGCUGCCAAUUUAGUGAUUUUGUCACUGGCUGUUGGGACUUUUUGGUUCCCCUAGCAAAGAAAUAAGUGUCAAAGUGACCCCUGUAAAUGCUGCCCCGGUAAGUGGGGCUCAGCUUCGAUUCCUUGGUGAUUGGGAGGGGGUGAAAAUCCAGCUCUAAGGGGCAGGGGAGGAGACAGCUGCCCCAAGGGGAAAAGUUAUGAUCCUUUUCUUGGUAAAAACCAGCAGGCACCACUCGCUGGCUGAGGGUGGUGCAGGAAAAACCAUUUCCCAAUAGAUCUCUGAGCCUGUGGCCACCGCAAUGUCACCUGAUCAAAGUCCCCCUCCCUGAGUGCACAUCAUGGGCCCACUCCCCAGCCUGGGUGCUGAAGAGCUGGGGGGAAAACUGCCCCAGAAAGUCAUGGCUGGCAACCUGCCGCAUGGGGACCGCUGGGAAAUGUCUCCAUUGCGUCCAUGCACGUGGCUGGGAAUCCCUCCCACGGGGGCGGGGAGCUGCAGCCCUCUGUCCUGGGAGGAGGCUGGAGCCCUCUGCCCAUGGGGGGCUGUCCUUGGACGGGGAGUGGGGUCUGGAGCUCCUUCCCCGUGGUGCAUUGGGCUGGGAAUUUCCCAAUGCUCAGAGCAAUGGGGGCCCUGGGCUCCCUGACCUCCAGUGACACCGGCUGGAGUAGGCACAGCCAGGGGAAGGGUAGGGCUGGGGUCCAAGCCACUCAGGCACCAACACAGGUUAGCUGCUGCUCCUGGCACAGGGUGGCACCGUCCCCAGAUGGUGAUCUCCUUGGAACACUGCUCACCCUGGACAGAAUAUUCCAAGUGUGUGGGAAACACGCCGCACACAACAGACGUUUAGCCCCGCGAGGACUUUACUUUGAAUUACAAAGGAUCAGGGGCUGUUUGUCAUCAAUUCUGUGAUAUUCUUGCGCUUCUCCGCCCCCACGUAGGGCUAACGAGUCAGGGUGCUCACACACUGACCCCACCCCAGAGCUGGGUACAGGCCCUGGCCUGGCAGGAUCUGAAUCAAGGCAGAAAAUGAGGCUGGAGGGAGGUCAUGCUGCUGGGGCAUUGUUGUCACAUACUGCGGGACGGGCGGUGGAAAGGGAGGGAUGUGCCAGCACAGGUUAGGCAGGUGGGACAGGUGCACUCUCCAUCGCCCACCACCGAAGCCAGACUCUGCAGAUCUGAUUUUUAAAUCAGCCGCUCCAUUAACUUGUCUGGGAUUGAGGUCAGACUGACAGGCCUCGAACUACCUCGGUCAUCCUGUUUAUCCUUUGUAAAAACUGGCACAACAUUCGUGUUCUUCUGGAACUUCCCCAGUGCUGCAAGGUCUGUUGACCAUCAGCAUUAACCUCCAGUGAGCUCCUCAGCCAGCUCUUUUGAAACUCUUCGCUGCAAGUUAUGUGGGGCUGCUGAUUUAAAAAUGUCUAACUUUGGUAACGUUUAGGCUGCAGCGAUACCAGUGGAAUGGAAAGUGUGAUGAGAUUGCAUCAUCUGUUUUUAACUCUUUGCCCCUGAAAUGCUGUUGAUUCUGGGGAGUAGCAGACUGCCAAGGGAGAGCACCCCCCGCUGCCCACAGAACAGUGCCCCUCCCGCUGAGCCCUGUGACACACCAUGGCCUGAUAUCUAUGAGUUUGGAAUGUAAUUUCUAUCCCAGAAUAGCCAAAGAAUUGGUAUGUGAGGUUACCGGUCCCGGAGCAAGGAGUUUUACUCCCUCUUUCAGGAGUUGCGCCUUGUGACCGGAUAAUAGUUAACGUCCUUCCUCUGUUGACUAGAGGUUGACGUUCAUAGCUCCAGCGCUUCGAAGGCCAGAGGGGACCAUUGUGAAUGUCUAGUCUGACCCCCAGUAGCCCGCAGGCUGGAGAACGGCCCAUCGGCCCCAACCCCUUCCCAGAGCAGAGCUUUUAGAAUCACAUCCAGUCUUGCUUGAAAAAUGGCCAGGGAUGGAGAAUCCACCCCGACGGCUGGGAAACUGUUUUCAUGGCUAAUUACUCCCACUGUUCACAAUUGACGCCUUCUUUCCAGUCUGAAUUCGUCCAGUCUCAACUGCCAGCCAUUGGGUGGUGUCAGACCAUUCCCUGCAAGAUUGAGAAGCCCAUUAUUAAAUAUCUGUUCCCUAUUGUGAUGGAGUGGGGAUUUUCCAUAAUAUUUUGUAUGAAUAGUGUGUGUGCCUCAGUUUCCCCUGUGUGGUGCAUGGAUAGCAAGGUGGUGGGGAAAGGUUAUUCACUGUCUGCAGAGAUACAGGGGUAACAGGCGGCUGGCUGUGUGGGGUCUGGGCCCCAUGGCCAUGGGAGUCCGAGAAGAUCAUGGUCGCUCUAAUUGCCUGGAUACUUGAUACCUAGCAACUAAUGCCCAGGGAUGGCCACCCCUCUCCAGGAUGCCAGCUGGAUUUGAGCAGCUGGGGGGCUGAAGGCUCUGAGGUUUGAUCCCAGGAGGUGGUGAAGCCAAGUGGCUUCCCUUCGUGACAGCGAGAGCCCCUAAGGGGGCAGGCUGGCAUCCUGAAGGGGUCCUCCCUGGGACUGCUCCAGAGCACCAGACCCCUGCCACCGUGGCACCCAUGUAGGUACUUAUGGACUGUGAUCAACUCAUUCCUUGAGCCUCUUUGAGUCUCUCGCUCUCAGGCAGGGUGUCUGAGCCUUUCAUCAUUCCUGUGGCUCUUCUCUGACCCCUCUGCAACUUACCAACAUCCGUCUUGUCUCGUGGGCCCAGAACCGUACACGGGAUUCCAGCAGCGGUCGCACCAGGGCCAAAUGCAGAGGCAAAAUCACCUCUCAAACACUGUACACAAGUCUGUCCAUUGUCCUAAUGCUAUUACCUUUCUCAACUAAACUUGUCCUCUCCGCAAAAAAGAUACCAAGUUAGAUUGACGGAUCUGUUUUCCAUAAACCCAUGUUGAUUGACAUUAAUUACAUUGACCUCCUUUAGUACUUUAUUCAUCGAGUCCCCUAUCAGCCACUCCAUUAUCUUGUCCGGGAUCCAUGUUGGGCUGAGAGGCCUAUAAAUUACCCAAGGCAUCCCAUUUAUCCUUUUGUAAAUUGGCACAUCAGCUUUCUUCCAGACUUUUGGAACUUCCCCAGUGUGCCAAGACCUAUUGAAAAUCAACAGUAAUGGUCCGAGGAGCCCUUCCGCCAGCUCUUUUAAAACUCUUGGAUGCAAGUUAUCUGGACCUGCUGAUUUUUAAAAUGUCUAACUUCAGUAAAUUCUUUGUAACAUCCUCCAGAGUUGCUAUUAGAAAGGAAAGUGUAUUAUCACCACUGUAUGAUGAGACUGGCUCAUCUCCAACCCCCGCCCCCCAAAUAUGGAACAAGAAUAUUUAUUGAACAUGUCUGCCUUUUCUGCAUUAUUAUUGAUAAAUCUACCAGUCCCAUCUACUAAUGGGCUAAUACAUUGGUCAGGAUUGUUUCCCCCACUAAUAUAUUUUGUCCUUAACUCUGCUAGCCACAGAUUUCUCCUUGUGUCCCUUGUCUUCCCUUAUCAGUUUUCUACAAUUCCUAACUUCUGAUUUAUAUUCAUUGCUAUCAACUUCCCCUUUCUUACCUUUUUUUUUUUUUUUGUAUUUUUUUUACCACUGUCUUCGCUUUUCUAAACCAGAUGGUUUGGUUUGGUUUUAAAAGCACAGCCUUCUUCCUCAAGUGGAGGAUUGUGGCUGACAUUUUUGGGAUUAAAUUCUUCCUUCCAGCUGAUUUGGCUCAUAAUUGUUUUCAGCUUUGUGAAAUUGGCCUGAUUAAAGCACCACGUGUGUAUAUA